AUGGCGGGAGAUGAGGUAGCUGCUGCGGUAGCAGCAAAUAAGUUGAUAUUGUACUCAGUAUAUCUAGGUGGGUUUUUGGUAUGGCUCCUACAUCUUUUUGAACUUGUAGUUUUGAGGCCUAAACGGCUAAGGUCAAAGCUCCAAAAGCAAGGAAUUGAAGGGCCUCCUCCUUCAUUUCUCUUGGGAAACCUCCCUGCAAUGAGAAAGAGCCUCAUCCAACACAAGACCCAGUCGUCGACAGAAACAAGUACUAGUUGUGAUGUUGAUGUCGCUUCUUGGCAAAUAUAUGUGUGUGGACUCGCACGCAAACAGCAAUUAUGCAUAACAGAUGUAGAAGUGCUGAAGGAAAUCGGCUUCUGCAAGUCCUUAAACUUAGGCAAGUCUUCAUUAACUUCGACGGUCGGGGGGCCACUUUUCUGGCAGGGCCUUUUAUCAUCGAAUGGCAUAAUUUGGGCACAUCAAGGGAAAAUCAUUGCUCUCGAGCUAUACCUUGAUAAGGUAAAGAGGGCGCCAAAAGUUCUGCUGAUUACAAUGGCCUAUCACACAAUAAGUUCAUUGUUGAUAACUGCACGACUUUUUUUCUUUGCUGGCCAUGAGACCAUUGCCAGUACUGCGUCAUGGAGCUUGAUGUUACUAGCUGCACAUCCAGAUUGGCAAGCUCGUGUUCGUGCUGAGGUGCUUGAAAUCUGCGGAGAUAAACCGCUAAACAAUGAGACGCUUCGAAAAAUGAAAGUGCUAAAAAUGGUGAUUAAGGAGGUACUGCGUCUUUAUGCACCGGCAUUCUUUGUAACAAGAGAGGCCCUUGAAACUGUCACACUCAAAAACAUUGUGAUUCCAAAGGGGGUGCAACUUCAAAUACGAGUCCCCUUUUUACACCAGAACCCAGAUUUAUGGGGGCCGAACGCACAUAAGUUCAACCCAGAAAGAUUUGCCAAUGGAAUUCUGGCGGCUUGCCAGUCUCCACAAGCUUACAUGCCAUUUGGAAAUGGUCCUCGUAUCUGUGUUGGCCGACACUUGGCGACGACAGAACUUAAGGUGAUGCUUGCUUGGAUUCUGUCAAAGUUCAGUUUCUCCCUGUCGCCAACAUACCGGCAUUCGCCAGUUUAUACCAGGUUGUUGAGCCUGAGCAUGGCAUAA